AUGUUUGCCUCGAAACAGGUGUCCAAGUUCCUAUCGAUUCAGAACGUGUCGCUCAUUCUCAUGUGGGUCGCCAUGGUCGCUCUACUCUACUACAUCAAAGUUCUCAACCGCGAUGCACAGCCAUUCGAGCCGUUCUCCAUCCUGGGGCUAAGUCCUGGAGCAUCAGAUGCGGACAUCAAGAAGGCAUACCGCAAGCUCUCCUUGCAGUACCACCCUGACAAGAACCCCGACCCAGCCGCCCACAAGUUCUUUGUGGAUUACAUCUCCAAGGCAUACCAGGCGCUGACGGACGAGGUGGCGAGGGCCAACUGGGAGAAGUACGGCCAUCCGGACGGGCAGCAGGCCAUGAACGUGGGCAUCGCGCUGCCCAAGUUCAUGCUCGACAUUCAAGGACCCAAGGGAGCGUACCUUCUUCUUGGUCUGGUUGGGGUGGGCAUCCUGCUGCCGCUCAUUGCAGUUGUCAUCUACCUCUCGCGCUCCUCCAAGUACACAGGCAACAACGUCAUCCAAGACACUUUGCGCAACUUCUACCAGCUCAUGAAGCCGUCCCUUGCUCCCAGCAAGGUGAUAGACGUGCUGACUAGAGCCAUGGAGUCUCUAGAGAUGAAGGUGCACGUCUAUCAUGGAGCCAUGGACAAGGUGAUCGACGCCCCGACAAAGGCCAUGGAGUUUCUGGAGAUGAGGGUGCGCGGGCCGGACCUGGAGCCCAUGCAGCGCGUCUCCUCCCUCGUGUGCUCAGAGCUCAAUCUGGCCUGGACUGGACCCCCCUCCCCCUCCCCUUCCCCCGUCCAUCCUGCUAUGGGUGCGCCACACCACAGCAAUGUGAUCGAUGUGCUGACCAAUGCCAUGGAAUUCCUAGAGAUGAAGGUGCACGGGCUGGACGUGGAGAGCCCAUGCUCUAGGCUCGAACCCACCCCCCUUUUCCCUCUUUUCCCCAUCCCCAUUCCUCCCUCCCUUGGUGCGACGCAGCAAGGUGAUCGAUGUGCUCACCAAGGCAAUGGAGCUUCUGGAGAUGAAGGUGCGCGGGUCGGACGUGGAGUGGAGCCCAUGCAGAAAGUCUUCUCCCCCGUGCGCUCUGAGCUCAACCUCGACCCCACCUCCCCUUUCUCCUCUCUCUCCCCUUCCUCAUUCCUCCCUCCCUUUGUGCGCCCCCACAGCAAGGUGAUAGAUGUCCUGACAAAGGCAAUGGAGUUCUUAGAAAUGAAGGUGCGCGGGUCGGACGUGGAGCCGAUGCAGAAAGUCUUCUCCCUCGUGCGCCAUGAGCUCAACCUCGACCCCAAGAACCUCAAGCAGGAGACCAAGAAGUUCUGGACUCGCUUCCCCGCUCUCAUUAAGGUGGAGCUGCUGCUGCUGGCGCAGCUCACACGGCAGGCAGACUUGGUUCCACCUGAGCUGAGGAAGGACUUCAAUACCAUUCUCAAGCUCACGCCACGGCUCAUGGAGGAGCUUAUCAAGCUGAAUAGGUGCAGCAACGCAGCCGAGCAGCAGCGUAGCCGCGAAGCCGAGCAGCCGUGUAGCCGCGAAGCCGAGCAGCAGCGUAGCCGCGAAGCUGAGGGUGGUGUGUGGGGUGGUGUGUGGGAAUAG